UUAUCGCAGCCUGGUAGUUCGGUUUUGCGCUCGAUCUGCGGGAAUUAAAAUUGAAAUUUUCGUAUUUUUAUUACAAAAUUAAAAAAUAUUUAUAUUUUUUAAAAAUGGUGGCUAAAAGUAAUACAGAAAACGUCGAUCACUCUUUAGAUUCUAUAUUAAGUAAUCUCGGUGAUUUUGGGAAGUACCAGAUUUAUGUAUUUACUUUGAUAUGUGUAGCGGUCACAAUGCACUCUAUGGUACAUAUUUCGUUUGUUUUUACUGCAAUGGAUUUGGAUUACAGGUGCAAAGUUCCUGACUGUGACUCUGCCGAUAAAACCACCUUCUUCCAGCCAUGGCUCUCCAAUGCUAUUCCAUAUACCAGUGGCCAUCCAGAGAAGUGUUCGAUGUUUGCACCACAUAAGAACUUUACCAAAUCGGACAACUGUUCAGUGACAGAAUUUAAUACUGACCUAAUAAGGAGAUGUGAUGAGUUCGUGUAUAAUGGGGAGGAAAAGACUAUAUUGCAAGAGUUUGACCUUCAAUGUGAUAAUAAUCUAUGGAAGUUGACCUUGGUUGGAACUAUUAACAAUAUUGGACAGUUCUUUGGAUUGUUUAUAUCGGGAUUUAUGUCAGAUAGGUAUGGUAGAAAAAAGCUCCUGAUAUGGGGUAUGGCUCUAAGUUCUAUAGCAGGUUGUAUAAAAGCAUUUAUGCCGACUUAUCAGCUCUUCUUACUAUUUGAGUUUCUGGAUGCUGCUUUUGGCUCUGGCAGUUACAUUUGCGGUUUUGUCUUAGGAGUUGAGUUGGUUGGACCAAAGAAAAGAGUACUCACAGGCACCAUAAUCAGUUCCUGUUAUGCUAUUGGGGAAAUUUUGUUAGCAACCAUUGCUUGGAUGGUACAAUCUUGGAGGCCCUUGGUGUUAAUUUGCUACAUCCCGACAAUGUUGAUAAUGUCAUAUACAUGGUUAAUACCCGAAUCAAUUCGUUGGAACUUAAGUAAAGGCAAUAUUAAGGAAUGCGAGAAAACCUUGAAGAAAUUAGCAAAGGUUAAUGGGAAAACAAUUAGCGAUAAGGAGUUAGAAGUUUUGAAAGUUGUUGUCACAGAUAGAACGGAAUCCACGGAAAGUUUAGGGAAGUCUCAGAAUCUAUUUAUUGACGCCCUCAAAUCUCGCAUCAUAAUGCUUCGACUAGUAUCAUGUAUUUUCUGUUGGAUAACCUGCGCAUUUCUGUUUUAUGGGUUAACACUUAACUCAGUUUCCCUGUUUGUGGGUUAUAAAUAUUUGGACUUCAUUUUAACCGCUUUGGUGGAAGUUCCUGCUUAUUUUGUGUGCAACUUUGUAAUGGAAAAAUAUGGAAGAAAAAAGUCACUUUUUGUGAGCUACUUACUUACAGGGCUAGCUUGUUUGGGAUUUAUAUACACUCCCCCCGGUUCCAGGUAUGGCGGCCUCGCAAUGUACCUUUCAGGAAAAUUCGGAGCAACGGCUGCUUUCACCAUUUUAUAUGUGAUAACCAGUGAAAUAUUUCCAACAACUUUGAGACAUACUUUAAUGGGGAUAUGUUCUACUUUUGGGCGUUUUGGUUCAAUGAUAUCUCCUCAGAUACCUUUACUGGCUCAAUUUUGGAAACCCUUGCCUCUAGUCAGCUUUUCAAUUAUGUCUCUACUAGCAGCUCUAUUAACAAUAUCUUUUCCAGAGACUUUACAUAAGAAAUUACCAGAUACUGUGAAAGAAGCUGAAGAUAUUGGCAAAGCUUUGGCUGUAUCUCAAUCGCAAGUGGUUUUGACAGAUGAUAUUCAGCAACAGUAUUCAGUAGAGAAGUUUUAGUUUAACUAUUAAAUAUUUUUACUGAAGGCAAAGGAGCAAGACAAAUAUGUGUAUGUUUUAAGAUAAAAUGAUGAUAUUAUGGCAAUAGCGCAAUAACUUGGUUGAUAUAAGUAAAGAUCCUGUUCCUUAUUUUGGAAAUCAUUAAUUGGGACUUAUAGGAAAGCUAAACAGAUCAGAGAUAAGGAAGAAGGAUACUUCUGCCUUUCUUCUAUGGGAGGAUAACUGGAAGAGACUGACUAGUGUAUUCAAAGAUGCAGCUGUAUACAAAUUUUAAGGAAAAAUUAUCAAAUGUAGAGCUAAAGCGAGCAAGAGUUGCACUAAGGAAAUUUUAGAUGGUGAAAGUCUAUGAUUUUUUCUGAAAUAAUCUUUUAUUUUAUUUUUUUUAAUUGUUUUUCAUCUACUUGAUCUUAUUACCAUAUUACAUAAAAGCCCUUUAGCCAAGACUAAUUAAUUUUUAAGAAUUACUUCUAUUUAAAUUUUAGUAGUCUGAAUCAGUAUUUGUACUAGUGUUUUUGCUUAUGUAAAUUUUUAACUGUGAUAUUGUUAUUAAUUUUAAUUAUUAAUAUAAGUAAUUAUGAUAUA